AUGAGAAAUCACACGGUAACAAUAUUCAUUCUACUGGGACUGACGGAUGACCCACAACUGAAAACUCUGAUCUUCACCUUUCUGUUUCUCACCUAUGUGGUGAGUAUGACUGGGAACCUCAUGAUCAUUUCCCUCACCUAUAUAGAUUCAUACCUAAAGACUGCUAUGUACUUUUUUCUACAAAAUUUCUCCUUCUUAGAAAUCUCAUUUACAACUGCUUGCAUUCCCAGAUACUUAUACAACAUCUCAACAGGUGACAAGACAAUUACAUAUAACAACUGUGCCAUUCAAAUAUUUUGCACUGAUAUUUUUGGUGUGACAGAAUUUUUUCUGCUGGCUAUCAUGUCCUUUGACCGAUAUGUAGCCAUCUGCAAACCCCUGCACUAUAUCACCAUCAUGAGCAGCAGGAUCUGUACAAGACUUAUCCUUUGUUGCUGGGCAGCUGGCUUGUUUGUGAUCCUGCCACCACUUAGCCUGGGUCUCAAUCUGGAAUUCUGUGACUCUAAUGUUAUUGACCAUUUUGUCUGUGAUGCAUACCCUCUCCUAAAGUUCUCAUGCACAGAAACAUGGCUCAUAGAACAGAUAGUGAUAGUUUGUGCAGUGUUGACAUUUGUCAUGACUCUUUUGUGUGUAGUUCUUUCCUAUGUAUACAUAAUCAAGACCAUUCUAAGGUUCCCUUCUGCCCAGCAGAGGAAAAGGGCCUUUUCUACCUGUUCUUCCCACAUGAUUGUGGUCUCUAUAACCUAUGGCAGCUGCAUCUUCAUCUAUGUUAAACCUUCAGCGAAGGACUCAGUGGCUAUCAACAAGGGUGUGAUGGUUCUCACCACUUUCAUUGCACCCAUGUUGAACCCAUUCAUUUAUACCUUGAGGAACAAGCAAGUCAGACAAGCCUUCAAUGACUCAGUUAAAAGAAUCGCACUGUUUUUUAAAAAGUAG